CUCAGCCCGAAGAUGAUAUUGAAAUACCAAACUGGAACUCUGCUCUGUCAAGAAACCUUAGCCUUUCAAUGAUGGUGUCAGGACAACUCCAGGACUGUUUCAGCCCUUUGUUCACUGACUCAGGAAAGAUUGCCCGGAGCCCUGGAUACAUGGAUAAUCACGGAAUGAUUGCUUAUGAGGACUACCAAAAGUCUGCAUCCAGUGCUGUUGGAAAUUUGAAAAUUGCUGAAGUUGACGCAGGCGGUCAUUUUGUAAAGAUCCUGAACUGUGCCCCUGAAAAAGAGGAAAGCAUUGGGGAUUAUCUCUUGAAGCAGGACGUCCAAGGUCAACCAGUGGCUGUAUUUCGGUUUCCCCCCGAGACCAGGAUGGGGCCCAACUCCACCGUGACAGUUUGGGCAGCAGAUGCUAAAGUGCUUCACAAACCUCCCUCAGAUUUUCUUUGGAAGGACCUGGAGAGAUUUAGGACAAGCCUUGACUGUGCUACCAUUCUCUGUGAGCCUAGCGGUCAAGCCGUAGCUUGGUGCACUCCUCUCCGUUGGAACAGAAGGCAAGGAUGGGUGGCGAAGGAGCAAAGUGAAAACAUCGAGAACGUGGUUAUACCAACUUUCUCAACAACAAAGCAAAAAGAGGGAUGGGAAAAGGAACAGGAAUUCACAAUAACUGAUACAGAGUGGAAGAUGGCUGAUCCAAG